UUAUUUUAAAAAAUCGGCAUAUUUGCAGGAUAAUCCGUUUAUAAUUGAUUAGCAUCAGUGGGUUUAAUAAAAAAUAAUUUUAAAUUUUAAAUAAAAAUCAUCAGUUCUCUCUCUGCCGCCGCACAUCCCAAGUCUCCAGCAUUUUUCUAAAGCUCUCUCUCCUUGUUGCUUUGUUACUUUCACUCGUUUUAACUAUUCUCCUCUUUUCUUUUCUUUUUUUCCCUUUAAAACACUUCAUUUGUUCUUGAUUUUUAGCUGUUUAGUAUAAUCUAUUACCGCAUUUGAAUUAAAAGAAUCCUUUCGGUAUAUUUGGGCUAAAACAAAGAGAUGGUUGCGGCCACAAACGGAGCAGAGCAGAUCCCUACAGAAACAAUUCAGGAUAUAGUUGAGGAACUGCUUGAGGCUGCGAGGUAUGAUGAUCUCGAUGAUCUUAAAAGACUAGCAUCUAUAGGCGUCUCUCUUGAUUCUAAGGAUUCACAAGGCCGAACAGCACUUCACAUGGCUGCGGCUAAUGGACAUCUUGAUAUUGUGGAGUAUCUCAUUGGUAGAGGAGUGGAUGUUAAUGCUUCUAAUGUGGAGAACAAUACCCCUCUUCAUUGGGCUUGUCUCAAUGGGCACGUUGAGGUAGUUAAGAAAUUAGUUUCAGCAGGAGCAAAUGUAAGUCUUCUAAACAGUCAUGAACGGACUCCUAUUGAUGAAGCUGUCAGCGUGGGAAAGAUGGAUGUUAUCGAUGCAAUUAAUGCCACAAUGGCAGAAUUGGAGCUUACUGGCGUCAAUGUUUCCUGAUAUCGGCCCUCCUAAUGGAAGCAUUGGUUUAUAAUCUGAAAAGUAUGUGCCUUUUCUUAUACAAACUUACGAGUUAGCUUAUAAAUAUAAUUGUCAUCCCCUCUUGGUCCCUGAUAGUACAAUUUUUUGUUGAUUGUCAUAUUGGUCCAUUAGUGGGUGCCUUUCAACUAUGCCUAAAUACUUGAUGCUCUUGUAGUUCUUUGAUAUGAUAGAUGUAUGUUUUAACAAGAA